AAACCCACAGAGACGCCCCAGACCCAGUCACGUAUAUAGAGAUAUUAUGUGCCACCACUCUCACAGAAAAGACUGAAACCAAAAACACCACCCAAAACAAAAAUGGCUCCCUCGUCUUCUUCCCCUUCAUCCAAAUCCCCACCUCCCCCAACAGCAACAACUCACUUCACCCCUAUUCAAGAAGAAGAUGGGAAUGAGAGUACUAGCACCACCACCCCUAACAAAGCGACUCCAAAGCACACCUCUACACCUCUCCACUACAAGCACGGCAAGCGUCACGGCAAGAAACGCUCCGAGAUAUCCGCCGGUUCCUCCUCGGCUACUCGGGAAGAGGAAGAAGAAGAAAACGACUUGUCGGUGAACUGCAACAAGUGUCGUCCAAACGGCCGGGAGAAGAUCUCGGUGGUGCCCUUGGACAACAACAACGGCUUCAACCGCAAGAACAACAACGGCUCGUCGUCCGUCUCCAUGGCCAGCCCAAACGGCAUUCUCAGGUCGAUUCUCUCGUCGUUUACCAGGAACAAGCAGAGCCCGAAAUUACCUAUGGACCCUUACGCGGCGGCGAGGGAGGAGAAAUGGAAACUCGCGGUGGCGGAACUCUCGCAGAAGCUGAUUCAUACGACGAGGAAAAGAGACGAGGCGCUUCUAGAAGCUUCUCGGCUGAAAUACUCGAUGGCGGAGCUGGAGAAGAAGCUCAACAAACUCGAAGUCUACUGCCAUGGACUGAAGUCCGGCCUUGAAGAAUGCAGCACGGGAAAUUCGCCGUAUUCAAAGAUAGCUCACAACAAACGACAGGGCUUCAGCGGAUUCAACGACAACAACAAAGCCGUCGUUGAGCAUUUCCUGGUCUCCGUCUCCGAAGCCCGGACCUCCGUCCGGCUCCUCAGCCGGUCCCUUACUAUGCAGCUCCGCCACAUGGCCGGAACCAAAGUAUACGACAAGAUCACGGCUCUUCUUCAACCCUACGACAUCAAGCUUUCGUUGUCUAAAAACCCAAGAAGCUUGGUUUUCUACUUGGAAGCUCUGCUGAACAAGACGUUCUUCGACGAGUUCGAGUCGCCCGGGUUCUGCAAAAACUCGGCGGACCUUAUCUUGAACCCGGUGGAGAAAUGCGAGGCGAACUACACGUCGUUUAACGUGCUCCGGGGGCUGACGUGGGACGAGGUGCUGAUCAAGGGGACCAGGCAUUUCAGCGACGAGUUCAGCAGGUUCUGCGAUAGGAAAAUGAGCGAGAUUGUCGCGAUGUUGGGCUGGAACCGGGCCUGGCCCGAACCGCUUUUGCAGGCCUUCUUUGGGGCCUCCAAGAGUGUGUGGCUGGUGCAUCUUUUGGCCACGUCGGUCCACCCGAGCUUGCCGGUUUUCCGGGUCGAAAGCGGGGUCGGGUUUGACCCGGUUUAUAUGGAGGAUAUGGGCGGAGACAAGGCGAGGAAGUUGGUACCUUCGGUGGUUCGGAUCAUGGUGGCGCCGGGGUUCUAUGUUUAUGGGAGUGUGGUCAAGUGCAAGGUGCUAUGCAGGUACAAUAGCAAUAGUAAGGGUCUGACCCAAUCGUCACCUUAAAAUUUGGUACCUUUUUUUACGAGCUUAUCAUACUCAAUAUGUUGCUAUUUUGAUCUAGUUAUGUGGUAAUAUGAUCGAUGUUAUUAUGUGUCAUUUUAGUGUAACGGUAAUUCGGAGAUCAAAAGAAGUGGCAUUUUCCGUUUUCUACAUUGAGAUUUUUGUAUAUGCAUUAUGCAAAUUGGAGAAAUGCCUCAUAUAACGGAUGAAUGAUAACAUAGCUUUGGCAUCUAUCAUAUCUAAAAUGCCCCAUUGUUGAUUUGUUGGUGUAAAUCUGUGUGAUCGAUGAGUUUGUGAUCAUUUUGGAGAUGUUGGGAUCGAUUCAAAUGAUUUCUUUUUGUGAUUUUU